AUGAAGCUUAGCAUUAUUGCUCUCGCCUUCAUCGGCUCUGCCGUUGCCGCCCCUGCUGCCUCUAGUCCCACUCCUUCUCCUACCCUAGCGGCUUCUUCCUCUUAUGCGGCUUCCUCCACCCAUAAGGCCUCAUCCACUGCUAGUCCUUGGGCCACCCCAACAUCUCAGCCAGGCUGCGACAUUAAGCACGUGGGCGACAACGGCAAGCAUCUCGGUUGGUGCAAGCAGGCCAAGCACUACGGCACCCACAAGAACGGAACAAGCAUCUAG